GUUCUACUGUUAGCUAGAACAGAGAGAAAGAAGGUGAAGUGAGCUUUGAUCUAAGAUUUCUCCAUUUCAAUGGCGACCAUCAAUGGCUUGACCUCACCACAGCCCUUUCUCUCUCUACAAAAAUCCAACUCAAAGCCCUUUCUCUCUCUAUCGAAACCCAUGAAGUCUCAAUUCUUAUUCAAAGGUCUUAAACAGCAGAAUCAGCAGUUGAGGGAUUGGGCUAUAGUGGGUUCGGUAGCAAACGAAGCCGACGUGAUUCCGGUUCAAAGUACUGACGUUACGGACCAGCAAAACGGAGUCGUAAUUGGAUUGGAAAGAGAACCGGAAUUAGGGGGCGGAGAGAUAGAUAUUGUAAAUCAGGUGGUGGGUGGGUUUGGAAAUGAAGGGAGGUUAUCGUUUGAAGGUGCUGGUGGGUUUUCUUCGGCAAGUGGUGUUGGUGGGUCGGAUGUGGAGAAACUUAUUGAUAGAGCUAUAAAUGCAACUAUUGUGUUAGCUGCUGGAUCUUUUGCUAUUACUAAAUUGCUCACUAUUGAUCAUGAUUACUGGCAUGGAUGGACAUUAUUUGAGAUAUUGAGAUAUGCACCUCAGCACAACUGGGUUGCAUACGAGGAAGCCCUUAAAAGAAAUCCAGUUUUGGCUAAAAUGGUUAUCAGUGGAGUGGUUUACUCUGUUGGGGAUUGGAUUGCACAGUGCUAUGAAGGGAAGCCUCUUUUUGAAAUCGAUCGUGCACGUAUGUUGAGAUCAGGCUUAGUUGGAUUCACGCUACAUGGAUCCCUAUCUCAUUAUUAUUAUCAGUUUUGUGAGGCACUGUUUCCUUUCGAAGAUUGGUGGGUGGUUCCUGUCAAGGUUGCCUUUGAUCAAACUGUUUGGUCAGCAAUUUGGAACAGCAUCUACUUCACAGUUUUGGGAAUUUUACGUUUUGAAUCUCCUCUUGCCAUUUUCAGUGAAUUGAAGGCUACGUUCUUGCCAAUGUUGACGGCUGGUUGGAAGCUGUGGCCAUUUGCUCAUCUAAUUACAUAUGGUGUAAUUCCGGUUGAACAAAGGCUUCUUUGGGUUGACUGUGUGGAACUCAUUUGGGUGACAAUACUCUCAACUUAUUCAAAUGAGAAAUCAGAAUCUAGAGUCUCUGAGGUGAUCGUAGAAGCAGAGGCACAACCUCCCUCGAUAAGCCCACCACAGGAGUAAAUGAAUGGAAGAGCAAUGACACAACAAAAAUUCGCGGAAAUGCAUAGCUUUGAGGUGAUAUAGCUGCAGAUACUUGCUGCACCAUACUCUCAGAGAGCAUCCUCUGAGAUACUCGUUUAUAAUUUAUGCAUACUGCACGCAGCCCUCUUUCCUCCGCGUAUGUACACAAAUUCUUUUGUAGUAAUUGUAAAAUAGUGCAAUCGCGACCUCUAAUGUUGGUGCUGAAGU